CAAAAUGUUGGUUAUUACAUAUUCGCUCGUAAACGGCCGAUGUUGACGAAAAGUCCUCAGACUAGAACGGUCGUGAUUUUCCGCCAAUUUGGUUGGCCGAAAAGCCAUGUGGCUGCAAGAGUUUAAAUCCGAUACGGAGAGCCGAAGGUACGUCGACUUGAUUCAAAUUCUGGCACUGAUGCUACACCGUGGAUACGCCUGUUCUCGGGAGCAGAGUCUCGAAAAGGGGCGCACCCGUGUUUCUUCCGCAAGGUAUGAGCCUUCCGAACGACGACGGAUCGGCCGCAGCUUCGACAGAGCUCUCCAGGUCAACCGACAACCGAUGAAUGCCCAGACAGUGGCCGAGGCCAAGGAACUGCUGGAAAAAUCAGGAGUCAAAUUUUGA